UAGAAGAAGCCCGAAACUGGGGCUAGCGGUGUUGGGCGGCACCUGCACGCCAGUUUUGUGUUCAAGGAACUCUUGAGUCUCGACGGCUUGAGGACUAGACUCACGCUCCCAAGUCCGAACCCUUCCGAGUAUCAGCAAAAGGGAGUUCAUUCGUUAUCGAGAUCCAGGGAGACAGAGACAGAGACCGAGGGAGAUAGACAUGGUUUCAGUGGCAGGGUGAAGAUUCCAGAAUAAAAAGCUCAACUGCCGCGUGGAUCGUCCAGAAGCCAUGGCUGAAGAUUCAGAGAAGAGGUUCAAUUCUAUCAUGGACAAGCUCUUCCGUGCUCCCAGACCCAGAAGUGCCCCCAGUUCACCUGAAAUACAGUCUUCAAGGGGUAAAAAGGGCGGGAACUUUACAUUAAGUACGUCGAUGGCUGAAUCAAGCUCGGGAAGGGACACCGUCGGAGGGCUGAAUUGUUCCGCCGUCCAGGUUGGGUCGGCGCAGGCUCCGCUUUGCAGACCGUGGGAUCGAGGGGAUCUUAUGAGGAGGUUAGCCACAUUCAAGUCAAUGACAUGGUUCGGCAAGCCCAAGGUAAUGAGUGCUGUAAACUGUUCCAGGAGAGGAUGGAUCAAUGUAGAAACGGACAUCAUUGCUUGUGAGGCAUGUGGAGCACGCCUCCUCUUCUCCACUCCUUCUUCUUGGACACAGCAGCAAGUUGAAAAGGCAGCAGCAGUAUUCAGCUUAAAACUGGAUAAUGGGCACAAACUACUUUGUCCAUGGAUCGACAAUGCUUGUGAUGAAGCAGUAGCACAAUUUCCACCAACAGCUGCUCCCGCUUUGGUUGAUGGAUACAGAAAGCGCUCUCGUGCACUUUUGGGACUUUCAGCUCUUCCUGUAAUUUCAUCUUCAGCUAUUGAUUCUAUGAGGAGCCCUCAGUUGGAACACUUUCUGAAACAAUCUCCACUGCUAGACUAUGGCUUUGAAUCUGCUGAUGCUUCUACAACUGAGUACCUAGGCAAUCAAUUGGAUACAGGGUCUUCCAACUUGUAUUAUCAGGCUCAAAAGCUCAUCAGUUUAUGUGGAUGGGAACCUCGUUUAUUACCUUAUGUGGUUGAAUGCAAAGAUCUAGCAAGUCAAUCUGCAAAAGAUGCUCAGCUUUCACGGUAUUCUCCACAGAUUGUUAAUGGACAUGGUUCUGGUAUUGUUAUCUAUCCACGUUCCAGUGACGAUGAGGUUACUCAGGUGGAUAAUGACUCCCCAACUCUUGGACAUCAAUCUGAUCCAGAUUCUGUUGUUCUAGAUUGUGGGCUUUGUGGAGCCAGUGUUGGAUUAUGGGCCUUUGCUACUGUUCCACAGCCUUUGGAACUAUUCAGAUUUGUUGGAUUUUCUGAGGUCAAUGGUAAAAAUGUUUCAAAUAAUCCUGGUGAAAAUGCAGUUAGCUAUGCCUUGGGGAAUCCAGUAGCUCACAAUGCAGACAAGGAAAAUCAUGUUGAUAAUAGGGGGUGCACCAAUGAUACUGGCUGCAAUGGUGCAACAUCAUCAAAAGAAAAAUCACUGAAAUUAAAUUUGACAAUUGCAGGGGGGCCUCCACCAACAAAACAGGACUACAGAGCAAGAGUUUCUUUGCCCAUUAUCAGCCGACAUUUGAGAGCUGGAUUAUCUACUAACUAUGAUGCUAGAUAUCAUAUCUUGUCUACUACAUCGUGCAUGAAUGAAGAAAAUGUACAAUUCCAGUCGCAGAAAAACAAUUUGCCGCAGCAAGAAAAAGAUGACGCUGACACUCGUAAUGAACAAGGUAUUCAGCCAGAAGGUAUGGAGAGUUCAAAAAACAAAACAAAUGAUGGACAUUCUCUUUCUAGAAAUGAUGGUCAGGUGUCUUGUUUGGACCAGAACUUGAGUGGAAUGAAAAACACAGUUGCAUAUGAUCAUGACAUCUCUCCAGAAGAUACCAGUAUAGUAGGACUUCCUUCCCACAAGGCAAUUGGUGCAUGCAAAGACUCGGAAGAUCAAAAUGAUACAUUGCAUGAAGAUGCAGAAGAUGCUAGAAAUAUGAAUGCAGAAAAACAAGUUAGCCUUACCGUUGAAGUUAAAGAUUCAAUUCCUGAAACAACUGAAGAUGCUAAUGGCCCAGAUUGGAACAAGCAAAUUAGUAAGAACAACUCAUCUUUGAUGAUUGAAGCUGAUUGUUGCAAUCAUCAAGAGGAUAACACUCAUGAAUCUUUACAUGCUGCAUCUCAUCUGGAAGUCAAUGCAAAUGAGGAUUUGUCCAGUAAGAUAAAUCUGGGAAAGGGUUGUCCUGAUUUCCAUAUCUCCAUGGACCUAGCAGUUGACAAACAGAAAGUAGAGGAAGCAAAAGGGAAGGAUCAAAAGAAGGAUGAACUUGACCAAACUAUGAAGUUUGAUCCAAUCAAACAACACAGACAUUUCUGCCCUUGGAUAUCCUCAACAGCCAAUUCAUUGCCUGGAUGGAAGCAAACACUUUAUGCCUUAGAUCGCAGGAAGGAGUGCUCUCAUCCUUUACAGGCGGACUCUGUUUCAUCUUCAUCCAUGUCUGAGGUGGAUGAUCCCAUUGCUUCAGUUCGAAAGCUUUUCAUGUCUCCCUCCACGAAAAGGAUGAAGCAUACUCUUGAACCAAGCUAAAAGAUCAUCAAGCACUAGUAAUGGAGUUUCUGUGGGAUUUGAAGAUUAAAAUGAACAUGUUUAACAAAUGGAAUCUUCAUAUAAAAAAUGGCUCAUGCACUCUGAGAGCUGAAGCACCUCUACUGGUAUGUAAUAGAGAAAUAACAAAAUGAAGUAUCUCUUUUGUUGCAUUCUCAUCUAGAAAAAGAGGGUUUGCAAUAUCCAACCUAAACAUCUCUUAGACUUAUUUGUCUUUGAGAAUUGAAGGUUGGAGAACCAAAUUUUGGGAUAUAGAAUGAUUGAUGGAGUAUUCACGGUUGUUGUACCA